UUUCUCAAUUAAUUUAUGUAUUCACAGUAUUACACGAGCGAUGUGACACGUGGAGGAACGCGCAGAGAAGGCUGGGGCAGUGCAGAAGCGACAGAGAUGGUGCUCAAUAAUCUCUUCUACAUCACAGCGAAGUUCUCGGACGAGCAUCCUAAAGAGACGGAAGAGCUUUGGGCGACUCUGUGUGGUUGUUGGCCGAACAAUCUCAAAGUUAUAAUCCGCUAUUUGAUUAUCGUCUCGGGAAUGGCACCUCAGGAGUUGCUACCAUACGCAAAGCGUGUGGUAUUGUAUCUGGCGCGGGCUCGUCCGGAUCGUCUUGUCGACGAAAUGAUGACGGAAUUGGAGACGGUUGAGACCCUGAAUUGCUUGAUCGAGCGAACGGAAACGCCGCCCUUCUAUCGGCUUACCAGCAUGAGAAAAGCCUCGUCGCAUAGCGACGCGCCCGCCGCCGAUCCUGCAAAUCCUCCCCGUGAUCUCGGCGUUGAAAAAGGCACCAUUCAUACGAAAAGGCACUCUGGCGAAGAUCCCGUCAAAACCGGCUCGAAAUCCGAUACCGCUCUCCGAGCACUCGCGGGGUUUCAAACUCCAAGGGCAGAAAAGACGAGGACUGCGAGCGGUCCGCCAGUUCUUCCAGAUGAUCUAUCAACUCCCACGACGGAAGCCGAGUUAACUACCGACGAGUCGUGUUACGUCGCUCGUAACGGGCCCGUUGGGGUGAACGGAAAGAUGCCGUGCGUCGACGAGAAGUUCGAUAUUCCUCAACCGCAUCCCUUGCCGAUGCCGGAAUACGGCGGGUACUUCGCUCCUCUGACUGAAUAUCUGCCCGAUAGUUCUCAGCCGAUAAGCGGAUUUCACAGAUGUAACAUCGCCGUGAUGCUGCUCACCGACGUCGUUAUCGACGGAAUCCAGCUUGAUUGGGCUAUACACGUCCCCUUAAUGCUGCAUAUAGUCUUUCUUGGUCUGGAUCAUUCAAGGCCGUUAGUGCGAGACCACUGCCGUUGCUUGCUGCUGAACUUGCUGGUCGUGCUCGGCGAUCAUCGCGAUCACCUGGGCGUGGCGCGCGUGCUGCUCGCCUCGAAGACGGAACAAUUGGGAUUGGGUUUGUCCACCCCGACUCUCCCAGUGCUGGAACACAAUUUCACGGAGAUGGAUCCGGAGUUCGACAGUUAUCUGUACGGUCCUCCCGCAGUCCCACCGCCGACGACACCACCACCAUCGUCGUCGCCACCUCCACCCUCUUCGCCGCCGCCUCCGCCACCUCCUCCUCCGCCGCCGCCGCCACCACCUAUGCCCCCCGAGUCCUCAGCGUCUCAGCCGGCACCUCCACCACCCCCGCCGCCGCCUCCUCCCCCACCGUUACCGUCUUCCUCAGUUGCAGACGGUACGCCCACUCACUCAUCUUUGUCGAAUUCGACGUCAACCCCGCCGAUGUCGAUGAACCAUUCGAAUCAGACGGAUGAUAGUAAAGAUUAUGGAAAUUCUCACUACGAACCAGCGGUGUGCAAUAGCUGGCCGGCCUCGAGCGGGACGGCAACGAACGCAGUACCGCCUGUUAUUGUAACGCCGGAAGACACACAUAAUUGGACCGGUCCUCAGCCGGGUCCCAAUAUGCCGAUACAAGAUGUCAUUAAGUCCCUGAUCAAUUUCUUAGCCUCCAGAACAAAUCAACCACUGUGGAAUUACGAGGAUAUGACUGCCAAAGUAUGGUGGGUGCGUAGCGCCGAGCAACUCACAAUAUUAUUGCGGCACGUAUUACGUGUCUUUAGAGACUCCUUGCCCCACGCGUUAGUCAGCCAGAGAUGGGCGCAAACGGCGCUGCAAUUAGGCCUCUCCUGUUCGUCCAGACACUACGCAGGGAGAUCGUUACAAGUUUUUCGAGCGUUGCGCGUUCCCAUAACGUCUAGGAUGCUGUCUGAUAUCUUAUCUAGGCUGGUGGAGACAGUUGCCGAGCAAGGCGAAGACAUGCAGGGAUAUGUAACGGAGUUGUUGCUAACGUUGGAAGCAGCUGUCGAUUCGCUCGAGUCCGACUUUAGACCGCUGGAUUUCAUGAAAGAAAUCUUUAAAUCGACGCCUAAUUUGAACAACAAGGAUCCCGUAUCGGGAAUUGUAAUCGGGGGGAAGCGCAGUCCAGGAGGCGGAAAUGGAUAUCCAGCUGGGCCACACAUGUUUUCUCAUUUGAAUCAAGGCGGACAUACGAGAAGCACUAGCUACUCGGUUAGUUACUGUAUGAAGAGGUCCAGCGGUGGAAAUUCCGCGACUAACGAUAUAAAAGAACUGGAGAACAGAACUGGCGGUAACAAGUAUCCUAACUCGAAUCUGUCCAGAUCAAGAUCAGCGCAGUCCUUGAAAUUACUGGGUGACUCCGCCACGCAGGAUGAUAAGAUGACAAUACUAGCGCAACUGUUCUGGCUAUCUGUAUCCUUGCUGGAAUCGGAUUACGAGCACGAGUUUCUUCUGGCACUGCGGCUACUCAGUCGCGUGCUGCACAGGCUACCGCUGGAUCGACCAGACGCCCGGGACAAGGUUGAGAAAUUGCAACAGCAAUUGCGGUGGUCCUCGUUUCCUGGUGUCCAUGCGCUACUAUUGAAAGGAUGCACCAGUCCGAAUACAUACGAACCAGUUGUUACGCUGCUGUCUCAAUUUACGCCUCUGCUAGAUCUGCCAGUGGUCGACCCCACGCAAAGCCUCGCAUUUCCGAUGAAUGUUGUAUCCUUGCUGCCUUAUAUGCUGUUGAAUUAUGAAGACGCCAACGAACUCUGCAUCAGAAGCGCCGAAAACAUUGCGCAAGUAAGCGCAGAAAAGGGGAAAAAAUUGGAGAACCUUGGUACAGUCAUGACAUUGUACAGUCGGCGUACUUUCAGCAAGGAAAGCUUCCAGUGGACUAAAUGCGUAGUGAAAUAUCUUUACGAUUCUUACGCUCAUCUUAGUUUCAACAUGCUUGCUUUCCUCGUGGAAGUACUGGAGAAAGGUCCAAGCAAUGUAGCGUUGCCGGUACUCAGUAUUAUACAUUGCAUGUUGCAUUACGUGGAUCUGGCGUCUCCAGCUGCGCAACCGAUCAAUACCGAACUGUUGAGAGUGAUCUCUAAAUAUGUCGAGGGCACUCAAUGGAAAGAAGCGUUGAAAAUUUUAAAGCUUGUAGUAACAAGAUCGUCGACACUCGUUGCGCCGCCGACCUCGAUGCACGGUUCAUCCUGGGAUUCUUCGCUAUCAUCACCGCAUCCUAGCUUCACCGACACGGAGAUAUUUACCAAGAAAGAACUACCGGGAAGAACAAUGGACUUCACGUUUGAUCUGUCUCAAACACCAGUGAUCGGUAGACGUUGGCUGAUACGUCAAGGUACUGAAGAAAAAUCGAUUGGUUCUCCACGCUGUUCAUUAUCUCUAUCGCCGGCAGAUAGUAGCGCAAUUGCCGGAUGGAAGAGACCAUGGAUGUCGCAGGGCCGAGUCAGGGAAUGCUUGGUAAAUCUUUUGACGACAUGUGGACAAAGAGUCGGUUUACCGAAGAGCCCAUCGGUCAUAUUCAGUCAAAGUUCGGACUUGAUGGAAAGACAGUCAUCUAUGGCUUCUUCCACGGAAGAGGUUUCCGGGGCGAAUAACGAUUUGAGCGGAGGAUCCAGACGAGACGACGAGCAGUUCGGUGUAUUUAAGGACUUCGAUUUCCUUGAAUAUGAGAGCGAAAGCGUCGAGGGUGAGAGUACGGACAACUUUAACUGGGGAGUUCGACGUCGUCCUCUUAGCGAGGGAGAGGAACGAGAACCCAGUUUGCGACAGUUCGAGGAAAGUUUAAGUGAGAAAACGCCGUCAUCCAGCAAACACACAACGCGGCGCGGUGUCGCCGAAGAAUCAUCGGACGACGAGGCAGGAUCAGAAUCACCCCUGGACGAAGUACCAGGUGGAUCCGGAACGGGGCAGGAGGCGAACAGCAUCCCAGGAAUGUUCCCGCCGUCUUCUCUCUCGUUGAUACCUAGUCGCACGCGUCACGACUCAUCCACAAGGUCUGACACAUCCGGUUCGAGUGCGGGAGAUCUCGGAGAUGUGACGCCCUGCAACGCGUCACCCAACCUAUCCGCGUUGAUGCCCUUCCGACAGGUCGUACGAGACGAUGCCGAAGAGAUCUGGAGGCAGCAAAUUCAAAGUCUCAUUACUCAAGCUCCGUACAAUACUUUGAGCUUCUUCCAAUUGCUGAGCAAGAUCUUGAGGGAUGUGAGCAGUAAAUCUGUUGGUCUCACACGCGAGGCAAGUGCUUUGCUUUGUAAUGGCAGCUCGGCUUCAGCUCACUUGGGUUGCCAUUUAUCUGCUCAUGCUGAGCUACUUAGUUCGAAAGCCGAACCGCCUCUGGUGUGGUUCUCGGUAGCCAUAUUCGCGAAUCAGCGGCUAAACGAGACGUUGCGUUUUGGAAUGCUGGAGAUACAGGAACAUCUGGAAACAUUUCUCGAUAGGAAAGAUCAUGCUACGGAAUGCUUGGAGGCAGCUAAAGCAACCGUUAAGCUUCAGGCGUUAGGCGGGAGUCACACCACGGAAGCGGGCGUCGAGGAGAUGCUGUUGGACCUAGGCAGAGCGCUGUACAAACUGCACUUCCAGCUACUUCUGUUGAUCGAAGCGUCGAACAAAAUGCUAGGGGCGCUAAUGAACACCGCUAGAAACGUACAGAUUCCUUUGCAAGAUCUAUCUAUUGAGAUCGCGAAUAUGAAGAUAGCAUUAAGCAGAGCGCUCGAAGAAAGCACCGAGAGCGAACGAGGGACACCGACUCCGACACCCAGUCCUAGUCCUCUUCCGGGUUCUGGAGCCGUGGAAGAAGUCGCCAGAAUCGCCGAACUUUUAAGAAAUGCACGAUGGUGUCCAGCGCUCGAAGCCGUGAGACUGCACAGGGCACAAUGGCCCGGAGACCCCUUUCACGAUGACGACGACGUAACAACUGCCGUCAAUAUGUACUGCAAAUACAUAGGUCAAGAGAGAUCGGACAUAUUCGUGGUAACAAGGAAGGAUGAAGAGAUGUCAGAAAUAUUUGGCAGACUGAUGGAAAGUCUGUUCGAAGUACUGGCGGCUGUGACAGGAUUGGAACCGUCAAAGACCGCGCGCAAUCAGCAUGACUCUAAUCACUCGAAAAACGAUUGUUAAUAUAAGCUUUAAUCAUAUAUAGUAUUACGAAUCGUUCUCGUAUAAGUCGGCACAUAUAUACAUAUUUAAUUGUCGUACAUACGUAUGUAGAUGUCUUGUAUACGACGGUAGGUAAAUGUAUGUAUAUACAUAUAUCACGAGAAAAAGUUCUUAGAUCCGUCGUUCCGUUUUUUUUUUCUUUUUUAUGCGAAGAACGCAACGAAUCGUUAUCGAUUGUAAAUUUGGCGAAAUAAAUCAUCGAAAUCUUU